GAGACGCAGACGCUGAGCACUGGCGCCGCUGAAGCUCCUCCGCCGGAAACCUUGGUGCUUGUGCACAAGGACUGUAGCAAGUGCCAGAAACGGUUUGCACAGGACGAGCUCUACAAGAAGAGUGCAAACCGGUUGGAUUUGCCAGACAACUUCCGCCAGCUCAACAGCAACCAGCUGUGUGAGUUUUACAACAGCGUCUCCAAAAUGACGAGCGAGGACGGCAAACUCUGCCUGCACAAGGUCAGCACCCAAGUGCAGCUCGCGCUGGAGAUGUCGGUUGAGAACUCCUCCAGCUCCAGUCUGGGAGGGGAGUUCCUUCCGCUUUCCGUGCUGACGAUGCAGGGUUGGGACCCGGCCCUUGUUCAGAGCGCGGGCAUCCGCAGGGAUGACCCGAAGCUCGGAGUCGUUUACAAAAUGGAGGUGCUGUCGGAAAAAGUGGAAGAAAAGCAAGCAGUCAAAAGGAAAGAGGGCACCACAGUCAACCUUCGUGCCAAGAAGGCAAAGGGGGGACCGCAGGAGGAAGCGCCGCAGCUGGUCUCUUCCGACGAGGAAGAAGGCGGCCCGGAGAGCAAAGGCAAGAGCAAGGCUGCAGCGAAAGCCGGAGAGGGCAACGAGUGA